AUGGCGUCUGGAAUCGGUAUUGCUAAUCUUCCCAACCAAAGACACCGUAUCGUGGCCAAGCGUGGUGCCCAUUUCACCAUCAUGGUGGUCGGCGAAUCCGGCUUGGGCAAGACGACUCUCAUCAACACGCUGUUCGCGACGGAGCUCUCGCCCGCCAAAAACUACAGCCGUAGACACGUAAAGCAACUCGACAAGCUCACAGAGGUCGAGAUCAUCAAGGCGGAGCUAGAAGAAAAGUCGUUCAAGGUCAAGCUCACUGUCAUCGACACCCCCGGUUUCGGUGACUAUGUGAACAACCGCGACUCUUGGGCUCCCAUCAUCGACUUUGUCGACGACCAGCACGAAGCCUAUAUGAGACAGGAGCAACAGCCCCAGCGUGGAGAGAAGAUUGAUCUCCGAGUUCACGCCUGCUUGUUCUUCAUCAGACCUACAGGACACACUCUCAAGCCCCUUGAUAUUGAAAUCAUGAAGCGCCUCGGGACCCGCGUCAACCUGAUUCCCGUUAUUGCAAAGGCCGACACGAUGACCCCCAACGAUCUCGUCGUCUUCAAGCAGCGCGUUCGCGAGGUCAUCGCCGCCCAGGGUAUCCGAAUCUACGUCCCUCCCGUCGACCCUGAGGAUGAUGCUUCGAGCAUUGAACACAAUCGUGCUCUUGCCGAAGCCAUGCCCUUCUCCAUUAUCGGUUCGACCGAUGAUGUUGUUACCAAGGACGGAAGGACUGUAAAGGGUCGCGAGUAUCUCUGGGGUGUAGCUGAAGUCGAAAAUGAGAGCCACUGCGACUUCCGCAAAUUGCGCUCCCUCCUGAUCCGCACGCACAUGUUGGACCUCAUCAGCUCGACCGAAGAGUCUCACUACGAAAACUACCGCCUCGAGCAGAUGGAGACUCGCAAGUUUGGCGAGGCUCGUGUCAAGAAGCCCGACAACCCCAAGUUCAAGGAAGAGGAAGAGGCUCUCAGGAAGCGUUUCACGGAGCAAGUCAAGUCCGAGGAAGCCCGCUUCAGACAGUGGGAGCAGCACCUCAUCGCCGAACGUGACCGCCUCAACAAGGACCUCGAAAUCGCCCACGGAUCUAUCAAGGCACUCGAGGCCGAGCUCGAUAACCUACAAAUUGGAUACCGUGGUUCUCAGCGAACCAGGUAA